GAUACUGAUACACAGCGUCGCAAGGAACUUUCAGAAAAUAUGACACCUGGGAGCAAGCGUGAGGCCACGGAACUGGAUAAACCCACUCCCACGCCCAGCCCAGCAGACUUGAUGAAGAAGAGGAAGAAGAGAGCGCUGUGGCUGGUGGUGGGCAUGCUGUGUAUGGCCCUUCUGACCGUCGCUCUGGGAAUCUACACCACCACCCGCACAGAGAGCCUGAGUGUCACUGGCUACACCUCGGGGGUCAUUCUGGUCGCUUCCAUCGUGUUCCUCAGCUUCGGGAUCAUGGCUUCCUUCUUCUGUGUGGUGGUGGAUGGCGUCUUUAUCUUGCUCAAUAUUGACAUGAGACCUCUCAGAGCUGGGCGUUGCCAGUUUUACACCAGUGGAAACAGCUACAUCUAUGAGAACUACUAUGCUUCAGUACCGUGUCAGGGCCUGAUGGAGUCCUGCAACAUGAAGGUGAGGAGUGGAACCUGCUACUGCUGCGACCUGUAUGACUGCGCCAAUGGGGGGUACCUGAACAACCACUAUGAGUUUGUGGGGGUGCGGAGCUGCCAGGAGGUCUUGUACCUGUACACACUUAUCUGGGUCCUAGCUCUGCUUAACCUGGCUGCCUUCAUCCUGGGCAUCCUCACCACAGCCGUGCUGGGCAGCAUCAAGGACAUGAGUGCGUCGCUGUACUUCACGCCUACAGUGGGGACAGAAGUCUCCCAGAGCAGCAUGUCAGAUACCCCCCGGUUGGACCCCCACCCUCCUCCAUUUGCCCCACUCUACAACCUGCUGCCCUAUAAAACGCAGGGCUUCUCGGUCUGAGGAGCGCGCAGCUUGGUCUCCACGAGUGUGCGAUUGCCCCUCAAAAAGUUCAAUUAUGAAACAGAUCUUGGGGACCUACCGGAGAUAUUGCCACUUGAAAUUAAAUGCCGAGGGUUAAUAUUCAUAUUCAUCGAGUUCCACCUCUACACCUGGGCUAGUACUGCAUAAA